AUGAUACAUCAACAGAAAUAUGUGAAGAAGCUAUUGAAAAAGUAUGGUAUGGAGGACUCAAAUACUUAUCCUACACCUAUACCUACUGCAAUUAAUUUAGAUCUGUACGAAAAUGGUAAGAAAGUAAAUAAAACAAUCUACAGAGGUAUGAUAGGCUCACUUCUCUACUUAACUUCAAGUCGACCAGAUAUUCUGCACAGUGUAUGCCUUUGUGCCAGAUUUCAGUCUUGUCCAAAAGAACCACACUUCAAAGCUGUCAAACGAAUACUUAGAUAUUUAAGAGGCGCUAAUAACUUGUAUCUAUGGUAUCCUAAAGGAGGAAAUUUUGACUUGAUUGGUUUUUCUGAUGCAGAUUAUGCAGGAUUUUUCGUAGAUAGGAAGAGUACCUCUGGAAUAGCCACCUUUUUAGGUCCAUUUUUUAUAUCAUGGGCCUCCAAGAAACAAAAUUAUGUGGCUCGCUCCACUGCAGAAGCUGAAUAUGUUGCAGCCGCCUCAUGUUGUGCAUAG